AAUCAACACACAGCAUACACCAUGAGUUCCCCACUAGCCCUCGUUUGCAAUUCCUGCUUGAGCAAGAAACUCAAGUGCGUGAUCUCAGCUGGCGCCAGUGGCUGUGUUGCUUGCACUUCAGCUUCGCAGAAAGGACCUCGAGACUGCAGUCUAUUCAAGCCUUCGAUCAACAGGUGCGCCGAGUGUAUUCAAAAGCACAAGAAGUGCAUCACUCAGAUCGGCCACAGCGCUUGCGUCCUUUGCGAACACCGCAGCCUCGAUUGUACUUCGGCACCGACGGAUAGGAACGAGAUCAACAAGUUGAGAUUAUCAGCCGCAGACAGGAUCAAGAUGGACGAGGCAGAAGCCAGUGGCACUGGUGGCAGCAGGGCUGGAGUAUUGACUGCUGGCCGGCAAAAGGGUCAACCUCGCACGAAGGCGCAAAGAAAGAGCAAGAAGGAGAACGCAGCUCCUGUCUCGUCCCCACUGGUUCAUUCUCAAUCCACUGCCGGAGGCUCCCAGCAACGUGAUGACUCGGAUGAUGGCACUCUCGAAGACCCUCCCACUCCCAUCAACAAAUCCCAAUUCCCUACCCCCCGACGUGCCGCCAGUCCUUCCGAGACCCGAACCCGAGUCUAUCCCAUCCCCGACGACUAUGUCCCACCUUCUCUCCCGAUGCUCGAUCCGAAUGCCCCAGCUAAGGCACCCAAGGAGAAGAACCUAGCAGUCACAGUUGUUGAUGAAGAAGAGGAGGCAGAGAAGGAGGCAGGAAAGGAGGGAGAAAAGGCGGUGGAGGGGGUAGACAUCGACGUUACGCAACCCUGCGAGUCCAAUCCUAAACUCCCGUCUUUCAUGUGCUGCGACCAAGUUCGAGACUGCACUGGCCAGGGUCCCAACAUGAAGGUAGGACAUUUCAUCCUGAAAGAGUUCUUCACCAAAUAUGCCGCCUGCUACCCAUUCGACGAGAUCCUGUUCGAUGAACCUAACGACUGGCUCGAGUACGACGCAUACCUUGCAAUCUUCCAUGUCGAUUCUGGAGUUUUGCCUGUCAUCUAUGGAGUUGACAACAUGGACAAGGGUUAUCUGGUCAAGAUCUAUAUUGACACUCCGAGACCAGAGGUAGUUGGUAUGAUGGAUGUACGAAAGACCUCGCAGCCACGUUUCUACCGAGUCCCGGGAGGAGCCGACUUCAAAUGUGACGUCCAUGGAAAGAAGUUCUCUGUCUAUUUCAUGCGUUACUUCUCCAAGGGUAUCAAAUUCGUCGAUGUUAAUGCUUAGAUUGCUGGAGUAGAGUGGCUUGGGAGGUCGUCUUGCUGGGCUCCGUCGGUAGCUUGACACAUCUUGAGACACGCGAAAUAGCGACUGGGAUGGAGGAUGCGAUUGAGGAUGAGUUUCUUUUCUUUUACAAAAAUUUUUCAGUUCGCGGCGUUGUGGAUGAUGCGAUAUGGCGCAUGGAGGAGGUUUUCCUCUUCUGAGCGGCACAAUAUCAGCAGGUCAUGGAGCAUUGAGAUGAUACCCAUUUCAUUCAGCGACGAGACUCGAUUCUACAGCGUACACAGCGAACAUAGCGAUUGUUUUGAUGGGCACUCGGCCUUUCACUACGAUGCAUUUGCGAUCCUUUGAUAAUAAAAAAUGGC